GUUUCUACGAUAGUUUUAGAAGUAUCUGCCAUAUGUUCGCAUAUUGAAGAUAAAACGGAUUAUUUUUUGCCUAAUUUUCAUGCGUAGUAUUCAAGGCAGCACUCUUAAAGCUCUGAUUGACGGCAAGUACAAAAAUGUGAUAAGCAAAUUCACCAUCGUUGAUUGCCGCUACCCGUACGAAUUUGAAGCGGGACACAUUGAAGGGGCCAUAAAUGUAUACAAGCAGGAGCAUUGCCUGGAGUUGUUUGCGGACAUGGCUGCUUCGGAACAGCCAAGGAACGCAAGGAACAUUUUAAUAUUCCACUGCGAAUUUUCCAUUGAGAGGGGACCCAAUAUGUAUAAAUAUCUGAGACAGAAAGAUCGUGCAUUAAAUGCCGAUAUGUAUCCAUUGUUGUGUUAUCCCGAAAUUUAUGUUUUAAAAACUGGUUACUCCAAAUAUUUUGAAGAAUAUCCCGAGACUUGCGUACCAAGAGGGUACAAGACCAUGUUGGAUACUGGAAGUCGUGUGGAACUAGAGUACUUCAGGUACAAAUCGGAGCAUCGAAGUGCAAGAAAGGUGACUUCCAAACACAGGAGGCGCGUGCAGCCACUACAGAAGCUGCAGAUGCAACGUAGAACUCUUUUUUAGUUGCCAGUUAGUAAUGACUCGGGAUAAAUAGUACUAUUUAUUUGAUAUUUAU